CGCUUCCGGGGGGGGCGGGUCAGCGGAAGUGAGGGCUGUUGAGGUGGGGCGGCCCGCUGUGGUAGGAGGGGCCGUGAGGUGAGUGAGUCCGGAGCUGCAGUCUGAGGAAGAGAAGUCUGGUGUUCCUUAAGAUGGCCUGAUAUGAAGGCGUCACGCCUCCUGACUCCCCAAGCCUCCAGAGCUGCCCUGUGGCUGCCUUGUCCUUCAAGUGCAGGAGCCAGUUGAAAUGUCAGGAAUGGAAGCCAAUGUGACCAUCCCAAUCUGGCAAAACAAGCCGUAUGGGGCUGCUCGAAGUGUAGUGAGAAGAAUCGGGACCAACCUGCCCCUGAAGCCAUGUCCCCGGGCAUCCUUUGAGACGCUGCCCAACAUCUCUGACCUGUGUCUGAGGGAUGUGCCCCCAGUCCCUACUCUGGCUGACAUUGCCUGGAUUGCUGCAGAUGAAGAGGAGACUUAUGCCCGAGUCAGGAGCGAUACACGCCCCCUGAGGCACACCUGGAAGCCCAGCCCUCUGAUUGUCAUUCAGCGCAAUGCCUCAGUGCCCAACCUGCGUGGGUCGGAGGAGAGGCUCCUGGCCUUGAAGAAGCCAGCCCUGCCGGCCCUCAGCCGCACCACAGAGCUGCAGGAUGAGCUGAGCCACCUGCGCAGCCAGAUUGCUAAAAUAGUGGCAGCUGAUGCAGCUUCGGCUUCAUUAACGCCAGAUUUCUUAUCUCCAGGAAGUUCAAAUGUGUCUUCUCCCUUACCUUGUUUUGGAUCCUCAUUCCACUCUACAACUUCCUUUGUCAUUAGUGACAUCACCGAGGAGACCGAGGUAGAGGUCCCUGAGCUUCCAUCAGUCCCCCUGCUUUGUUCUGCCAGCCCUGAAUGUUGCAAACCAGAUCACAAAGCUACCUGCAGUUCGUCUGAAGAGGAUGACUGCGUCUCUCUGUCCAAGGCCAGCAGCUUUGCAGAUAUGAUGGGUAUCCUGAAGGACUUCCACCGGGUGAAGCAGAGCCAAGACCUGAACCGGAGUUUAUUGAAGGAGGAAGACCCUGCCGUCCUUAUCUCUGAGGUCCUAAGGAGGAAGUUUGCUCUGAAGGAAGAAGAUAUCAGUAGAAAAGGAAACUGAUAGCACUCUGCUCUGCAAACUCAGUCUCACGCUCCUGGAAUUCCUUCAAUAGCUGCCUUCCUCACUGCAGAUGUUUCUGCCUCUCAAUAGAAAUCUUCUGCAACAGUCUUGCCGAAAGCUAGAGCUUGGACUAAGAGAAGAGCUACAUUAUAUGUUUUCCAUAUUUUGAACCUUAGCAGAAGCUAAGGCCUGUUUUGAGCUGAGACACAUUACAGGUAAUUGUGUAGGUUGGAAUGUCCCACUUUAAAGGUUGAGAUAGAAGUUUCUGGUGUUUCCUUGCCCCUGUGUGAAAAUAGGUUCUAAAUGAAUGACUUCACUGCACUAGACCCCAUAACUGGUCUCACCAGACACUUUGUGGCCAGCUGUCACUUACUCUCUGCUGCUUCCUUGCAGCAAAGCAGGGCUGAGGGGAGGGGGCUAUGUUUAUGUACACGUUCACAGGGCAGGGAAGAUCUUAUGCUGCUCCAUCAUGAACUGACACCAGUGCCCAGCAAUCACUCUGUCCCCCUUCCCUGUCCAGCACCUACAUGUAGAGGUCAGGCCACUGGACCAACUGACACUUGGGCUGCUGGGAGGCCUGGGCUGUUUUUUUCUUAAAUAUAUUUUGUAAUACUGUACAACCAAAUCUACCCUCCAAUGCCCUGGGGCCUCAUUGGUUCCACUGAUUGAAAGCUCUUUCUCUUCCAUGGACUUUAGUUUAAGCCCAGUAGGAAAGAGAAAUGGAGAGAGGAAAGAGAGUAACAUCCUUCUUCCAGGCCCUUGUCUGCUCCUUUGCAUUGGGCCAAGGUUUACACCUACCACACCAUGCAUGACUCAGAUGCCCUCAGGUCCCUUUCUCUACAAGUAUGUAUCCUGUGUGUGUUUGGGUUGAAGCACUACCUGACAUUAAAGGAAGGAUUUGGAGAGAGAUUGCAUUUGCUGUGUCCAUCUCUGAGUUGUAAUCACCCAGCAUCCCCACAGGUAUAGAAUUCCUAUUAAUUUUAAAGUAUGUGAACUUUUGUAGACAGGUCCCUGGCUUCCCCUUUCUUUUAUAAGGUCCUGCCUUUAGAAGAGAAAGCUUCCCUAGGGAGCUUCUUGUCCCUUUCUUUAGAGAUUUUGCCCUAACCUCUUAAAGCUGGUCCAUCUUAUAACUUUCAAGCUUGCCCCCUAGAGACUUAUUUUUAAGCCUCUUAGGUACAGUACCACACCUGCAGCAUGGGAAACUGCCACCUAGUGGAUGAUGUCCUGAGUAGAACACAAAUUAGACUUGUGUUCACA